CUGUUUCCGGUGAAACCUCAGAGGAGAAGAAACAUCAUAUAGGGUCUACAGCAGUCAGGAGUGUUCCUCUGUUACACAAUGAGUCAAAAUCCCCCUGCACACACCAAAGCUGUCCAGUUAGUGGAGAGCAACAGUCGACCAUGUGGUGUCCAGCUGGUCAGCACCGCCAGGACAAACAAAUCAGCUGAUCCGAUGGACUUAGUGGAGCUAGCUACCACCAUACAAAAGGCUGAUGAAUUUGUUAAAGCUACAGCAGGCAGUAAACUGACGGAGAUCGCAAACCAGAUCCGCUACCUACAGGAGCGGGCCAGAAAGGCUUUAGAAGAGGCCAACAGAGACAACAAACUCCAUCAUUACGCCUGUAACUUGGUGAAGAAACCAGGCACCACAUACUAUCUGUAUGAAAGAGAAUCUGGACAGAAGUAUAUGUCAAUUCUAUCUCCUGAAGAAUGGGGUGCAUCUUGUCCACAUGUAUUCUGUGGAGCCUACAAAUUAGAACAUGAUAUGUCAUGGACUCCUUUAGAAGAGGUGGAGGAACGUAGUCAACAAUUCGCUCUCAUUGAUAAAAUCUUAGACACUCAGAAAGCAUUGCCUGAAACAUCAUCCAUCACCGGUAUAUUUGGAGACAAAUCAUAGAGUGAACGGUCGUGGAGUCAACAACUAAUGUGUGAUUAGAAUGGACUCAUGUGUAAUGUUGUGUAUACAAGUUUGAUAUGCAUGUGUGAAAGGAUUUGUGAAGACAUGUGUCACAGAUGAAAAAUGUGAUGAAAAUUUUGCAAUUCAGAAUAACUGUGAUGAAAAGUAGGGAAGUUUGAAUUUGAAGGUGACUUUUACCAAUCAUGCUAUUGAAUUUUGUUUUAAAAUGUAAGGAUUACUUUUUAGAUUAAUAUUUUAAUCAGAUGUUUGCAACCAUCAGAAGAAGAGUUGAUAAAUUGAAUGUUCAAUAGAUGUACCAUUGUCAGUAUUUUGUUUAUUAAUUAUUACAAUUUUAUCCAUUAUGUACUUCAUAAUUAUUAAACCAUGCUUGAGGGCUAUAGUACAAAUUACCUGCGGUUAUAUUUAUGUACAUGCUUUUUCUUAUGGUUUAUUUUAAAUUAAAUAUCCCUUUUAUUGAAUUU